GCUCAUUCGGCUCUUUCUGUCAGACAGACAGCGUGGAAAGAUGGUGCUCGAUUUGGACCUGUUUCGGACCGACAAAGGCGGCGAUCCAGAAAUCGUCCGUGAGACCCAGAGGAAGAGGUUCAAGGAUGUAACACUCGUUGAUAAACUGGUGGCCGCAGACACAGAGUGGAGAAAAUGCCGCUUUACUGCAGACAACCUCAACAAAGCCAAGAACCUCUGCAGCAAGAGCAUUGGGGAGAAAAUGAAGAAGAAGGAACCAGUUGGGGAGGAUGAGUCCGUACCUGAGGAAGUACAGAACCUGGAGUCCCUAACAGCUGAAACGCUAUCGCCCCUGACAGUAAGCCAGAUCAAGAAGGUGCGGUUGUUGGUGGACGAGGCUGUGGAGAAAACUGACAGCGAGAGGAUAAAGCUGGAGGCAGAGCGCUUCGAGUACCUGAGGGAGAUCGGCAACCUUCUGCACCCAUCUGUACCCAUCAGCAAUGAUGAGGACGCAGACAACAAGGUGGAGCGCACCUGGGGUGACUGCACCGUCGAGAAGAAGUACUCCCAUGUUGACCUGGUGGUCAUGAUCGAUGGCUUUGAUGGAGAGAGGGGAGCUGUCGUGGCUGGGAGCAGAGGUUACUUUUUGAAGGGGCCGCUGGUGUUCCUGGAGCAGGCUCUCAUCAAUUACGCCCUAAGGCUCCUCUACAGCAAGAAAUACACCAUGCUCUACACACCCUUCUUCAUGAGGAAAGAAGUCAUGCAGGAGGUCGCCCAGCUCAGCCAGUUUGACGAAGAACUUUACAAGUAUCGACCAGGAGAUGUCUAAGAAAGCAAAGAAACAGCAGGGAGGAGGGGGGAAGAAGAAGAAGCAGGAAGGAGGAGACCAGAACCUGCCCAACGCCAUGGAGACCAUGUCCGUCAACGACUCAUAGACUCCAGCACACGACGGCAGCGUCUCUUCACCAACCACACAGAUAGAAAGUGAUGGAAUAGAGCCUCAUAAGUAAUGAUGAACUAAAAUGGUUAGAAAAUGGGGAAAUCUGUCAAGUAGGCACUUAAUGUAAUCCAUAGCUGAUAAAGAAGGCUGGCUCCAUCUCAUCUGUGUCUGUCUGAAUGGUUGGUGUCAUUCAUCUCAGCUGUUCCUCUCCUCACUCAAUGAAAAGGGAUCUCUCUCUCUCUGCACUCAUCUACAGUCCACUUCAGAGUCCACUGACCGCCUGUCUGUCCUUUUCUCCCAUCUACAGCAACACUGAGCCUAAAACAAACAGAUAAGCCUCAGAUAUUCAGCAGCAGCAUUUCUGGUUUCUGUGACUGGUGUGUAGUGCAGAUAAAGCACUGCUUAUACACAGGUACACGUUUGUUUCCAGCUUUUCGGCACCUGUAAUCAGUGAAAGGUGUGGUUUUUGUAAAACUGAUCAAUAACUGUCUGAAAUCUCUGUUCAUCGGCUCUUUGUUGAGACCAAAACCUGCAUCUUUGCUAUAAAAUGUGGUUGAUUACUUUGCGUCUGAAGCGGCUUUAAAGCUGAUCAAACUACCGUAAUUGAGGAUCGUGUGAAGGUGAUCAGGUUUUUGUCUGUUUUAGGCUUCCCUUUUUGUCGUCUCUGAACACAGUCAUCAUCUUCGACCAUUGUUGCUUGACGUCAUUGUUGACCAUAAUGCUGUUCACUAUCUUAUGAUCGAGACAUCGACAUUGUCCGUAUGCGCUUGCUAAUAUAAAGAUAUAUAUAUGAUCAAGCAUUGAUGAAGUGGCACUCACUGUAAACAAAUAUUAAAUACAGUUGAUAUGGAACUUG